AUGGCGACGGUUAAUAGAUUUUUGCACAGCCCAUAUGAAUUUUACGAAGAGCUGCAAGACAGAGCUGAUCUAGCUGAACGACGGCGUCACAAGCGAUUCCUAGCUGUUCUAUUGCUGCAGCGUAUGACUAGAGGUUACCUUAUAAGGAAACAUAUAGCCUGGCUUUCUUUUAAUGCUACUAUAAUACAGUGUGCGUUUAGAGUGCACAGAGCUCGGAAAGCAUAUCGAGGAGCUUUAAGAAGAGCUGUAAGGAAUAAACAUGGCAGACACUACGCACAAGCUGCGACUAAAAUACAAGCGUUGUGGCGUGGACAUCACUCUAGACGCACGAAAUUCUGUUACCGGUCGUACAGAAAAUGGUUGGCUACAGUCAAAGAGAGAGGUGAACGACGUGCGGCGGAAGCCGUAGAAUUUGGAAUCAGGAGUCGAGCUGAUGACCUAGGAAUUCUAGAGGAAGAGGCACGCCAAUGGCUCGCAUACGUCGUCUUCAAAUUACACCAUUUGCUUCGAACAUACGUAUGUGCCGGCGUCUAUUCAGAUCCAGGGACGUCGGAAUUAUCCGAGUUCGAAAAGCUACUUACAUCAAUACGUUACACAGAAUACAUGAAGCGGCUUAAGCGAAAAUAUCACGAGUUCGUGCGAAAAUUCCGACCGAAAUUCCGUAAUAAGAGAUUAUUCCCUAUAAUUGGCGAUGGAGCUGAUUACUGGUACCUAUCUUUGCCUGAAAUGUAUGAGCUGACGGUGCAGCUACCAAAGGAACGGGACACGAGGCAUCUGGCGACCCACCAUGGCCCGCAACACAAGGAGCCGUUUUUGUGGAGAAAAGUAAGACCGACUUUGGAAGAAGGAAGAGGGCCGUUUACCAUACCAAAAUCUAUUAGUCAUCUUACGCCGCCGACGCCCGCACCUACGCCAAGCGGCGACACGUACAGCCCCAAACCCCAAAAGGACCCGCGCUUUCAUCUAUACGUUAAACAUUAUACGCCACAGCCCGAUCUCUUUGAGUAUAUCGAUUACCAUAUAAAUGUUUUACUUACGAGAAAGUGCUCCAUACAGAGCGUUGAUAAAAGUGACCAUUGUUAA